AAACGGAACGAGGAAAAUGAGGAGGAAUUUUAGAAGGUUGAGAUUUAAGAAUUUAAGAACCAAUAUCUAACAGAAAUAACUUGAUAAGAUCGAUCAAUUAAUCAUCCAGAGAAUCAAAAGGAGCUGAAGAUCCGAGGUUUCUUCACCAGUUUGCUCAACUAAUUAAGACAAUUAAAGCUCAAGGCCAAACUGAAAUGCCACACCAUUGUCUAAAAGAAAUCAUCCGAGUUGAUCGAAUCCCAGAGUCAUCCUGUAGCAUCGGUUCAGUGUUCUAAGGCUAUAAGAGGUCGAAUUGUACGAAGUCACUAUUAUUUCUAAAUAUUUUACGAAAUCCAACCCCGAGAGGCCCAUCACUCCCAGUUAUGUAUUCUGAUGGGUGGCGACUCCAUUUGAUCUGCCAUGAAGUGAACAACCGUCUGCUAAGGAAGAGUUUUGUGAUUAUCAGUUCGAAAAUCACAUAGAAAGAAUGGUACUUUUCAUCCUCAGCAUCUUCUUUUGAAUGCCUGAUUAAAGGUAUUGGAAGAAACCACGUAGGAAAUGAUUUUGGAUGAAGUGAACUCAUGGACAAGUAUUUUGAGGAAGAAGAUGGCAGUACAAGCAAGACAAUAAAUAAUGUUACUGCUAAUAAUUUGAAUUCAUCUAUUCCAAGUUCUCAAGUUCAUAAUAACAUGAGUGGGGCUAGAGCUACUGAUGGAGGAAGGUUAUUAAAGUUCACAAGGGAACUCUCCAGAACAACUGUCAUACUAGAGACAGUACGUGAGUUAUCUUGGAGUGGUGUACCUUCCUAUAUGCGUCCAGAUGUGUGGAGACUUCUUUUGGGAUAUGCAUCACCUAAUUCAGAUAGAAGGGAUGGUGUUCUGACAAGGAAGCGGCUUGAGUACCUGGAAUGUGUUUCUCAAUAUUAUGAUAUUCCUGAUGCAGAACGUUCAGAUGAUGAGAUCAACAUGCUUCGGCAGAUUGCUGUUGAUUGUCCUAGGACUGUACCUGAUGUCACUUUCUUUCAGCAGCAGGAAGUUCAGAAAUCCCUGGAACGUAUCCUUUAUACAUGGGCCAUUCGGCAUCCAGCAAGCGGAUAUGUUCAGGGAAUAAAUGAUCUUGUCACACCAUUUUUAUUUGUUUUCUUGUCUGAAUAUCUGGAAGAGGACAUGGAGACUUGGUCAAUCGUGGAUCUAUCUCCGCAGAAAAUUUCUAACAUAGAAGCUGAUUGCUAUUGGUGUCUAUCAAAGUUGCUCGAGUGUAUGCAAGACCAUUAUACAUUUGCUCAACCAGGAAUACAACGUCUUGUUUUUAAGUUGAAGGAAUUGGUCAGAAGGAUAGAUGAACCGGUUUCAAGACACAUGGAAGAGCAAGGACUGGAGUUUCUUCAAUUUGCUUUCCGCUGGUUCAACUGUCUUCUAAUACGUGAGAUCCCUUUCCACCUUGUAACACGUCUAUGGGACACAUAUCUUGCAGAAGGAGAUGCAUUGCCUGAUUUUCUAGUAUAUAUAUUUGCCAGUUUUCUGCUGACGUGGUCAGACAAGCUUCAAAAACUUGACUUUCAAGAGAUGGUGAUGUUUUUGCAACACCUUCCUACUCAAAACUGGACCUAUCAAGAGCUUGAAAUGGUGCUGUCAAGAGCAUACAUGUGGCAUUCUAUGUUCAACAGCUCACCCAACCAUCUAGCCAGUUAAGAGAGUAUUAUUCUGUUACUUAAUGAUCCCUUUUUUUUUUCUUUUUUGUAUUCUCUGUUUCUAUUCGAAGGAAACUAAAUGCUUUUAUUUGUAUUCUUGUUUGUAUUUUCAACUAUUUGUUAAACAACCAAAAUCCAUUAAUGUAAGAGCUUUGAGAGGGAAGUGCCUUUUAUUUUA